AUGGGACAAAGAGGGUCACCUGGAGCUACUGAGAGGUGCCCAUUGCCACCCAAAUUUGCCUUUUUCGUGAAGCUUAGUGAACCUCUCCCAAAGCCCUUCCAGCCCGUUGUUUUCAAGGAAGCCCUGUACAACCAACAGGACCACUUUAAUCUGACCACUGGAGUGUUCAGCUGCACCACCCCUGGUGUGUACAAUUUUGCCUUUCACAAUGAGCUGUUUCAGAGAUCUGUGAAGAUAGGACUCAUGAAGAAUGGCAUCCAGGUCAGAUGGAAGCAAGCCCAAGCCAAAGACAGUCACAAACAUGCUUUGGGAACUGUCAUUGUGCAGCUGGAGAAGGAGGACAAGGUCUGGUUGGAAUCCAAGCUGAAUGAAGCAGAAUCUGAAAAAGGAACGACUCAAAUUAUGUUCUUUGGGUAUUUGCUUUACGGAAAUUAA